CCGCCCUCUCUUCCUCCGAGGCUGGAGGCCUGGGAACCUCAGCCGGCUGGAGGUCAGCUCCUCUCCCCAGGGAGGGAGGAAGUGAGGCUCAGCUCAGGGGCAGGGAGGCUGGCCCCAGCCAUGGCUGCAAUCAGAAAGAAGCUGGUGAUUGUCGGAGAUGGGGCCUGUGGGAAGACCUGCCUCCUCAUCGUCUUCAGCAAGGACCAGUUCCCAGAGGUCUAUGUCCCCACUGUCUUUGAGAACUACAUCGCAGACAUAGAGGUGGACGGCAAGCAGGUGGAGCUGGCUCUGUGGGACACGGCCGGGCAGGAAGACUACGAUCGCCUGCGGCCUCUCUCCUACCCGGACACUGAUGUCAUCCUCAUGUGCUUCUCCAUCGACAGCCCCGACAGCCUGGAAAACAUUCCUGAGAAGUGGACCCCGGAGGUGAAGCACUUCUGUCCCAACGUGCCCAUCAUCCUAGUGGGGAACAAGAAGGACCUGAGGCAAGAUGAGCAUACGAGGAGAGAGCUGGCCAAGAUGAAGCAGGAGCCCGUGCGAUCUGAGGAGGGCCGGGACAUGGCAAACCGGAUCAGUGCCUUUGGCUACCUCGAGUGCUCGGCCAAGACCAAGGAGGGGGUGAGGGAGGUAUUUGAGAUGGCCACUCGCGCUGGCCUCCAGGUUCGCAAGAAUAAGCGCCGGAGGGGUUGUCCCAUUCUCUGAGACCCGCAAGGCCUCCCCUGUUCCCCCUUCCCUUCAUAGGGUUGCAGAGCUGCCCACCUCCUGGCCCCAACCUCUUAGGGCUCCUUGCUGAAGGCUCCCUUUUCAGUUCCUUCCAGCCCAGGACUGCAUCUGAAUUUCUGAAUUUUGCCAGCCCCCCCUCCAGCAACCCCGUGGCGGCCGCGGCCUGGCCCUCCCUCCCUAUACUCUGGAACCUAGGGCAAUUCCCUGCCCUUCCAAGAGCAGAGUUCCUCCUCCUGCUGCCUUGGUCCAGGGGUGGGGCUCUUGAUCCCUUCAGCCUUCCCCAUAAGAUCAUCACACACCAGCACUUUAUACACUUCUGGCUCACGGGAGUGUCUGGGGUAUGGGACUUGGAGGGUGUAACCCAGAGCCCCGGGCCCCUGACGGUUCUGCUUUGGACUGGGGCCUAGACUCUGGCUCUUCUUGGUGGGGGGACACGAAUAAAGGCCACAGGCUCCAA